UUGUGUACAAAUAUUCAGUCAUCAUUGAAGCAGCACUGAAGCAGAUUCAGAGUCGGAGCUACAAAUUUUAAAACAAUUUCGAAAUUUCCGAAUAUUGUAUUCCAACGUAGUUUUAUAGCGGGCAGUGAAGGAAUUGUUUUAGUGUAAACAAGCAUAGAACUUAAUAGAACCCAUUUCCCACAAGUUGGCAAGCCGCAACAAUUAUUUGUUGGUUUUUUUGUUGCGGUUUUCCUUUUAGUUUUUCUAGAAACGCCGAAAAAAUCAACAAUAAACAAAAAUAAAUUUCAGUUAACAAUCGAGUGCAACGGAAAGCCAUGGCCCUGUAUUGCUGGGGCGACGCCUCACACUGUCAAUUGGGACUCGGUGGCAUCGAUAAUGAGCAGAUCCUUGCACCUAGUCAGAUAGAGUUCGCCGGUGCAACAGAUAGCCUGCGGACAUCGCCACACGCUCUUCCUGCGGAAACAAUGAUCACCACCAGCUUGGCCACGAGUUGCCCACCAAAAGGACACGUAUGUCGCCUUCCGAUACCUGAGCUGCAGGCCUAUGUUGUCAUCCAGAUUGCCUGUGGCAGCCGCCAUUCCAUGGCCCUCACCGAAUGGGGCCAGAUCCUGAGCUGCGGCGACAACGAUUGCGGACAGGUGGGCCAUUUCACCGAUAACGAUGUCAUUGAGCUGUCAAAGAUCUUGCGCUUUCUAGUGUCCAAAAGAUUGGUGGUGGUGGUGCAGAUUGCGUGUGGCAACAAUCACAGUCUGGCACUCACGAGCUGUGGCGAACUCUACUCCUGGGGCUACAACAUCUAUGGCCAGCUGGGCGUCCAGUCGCCCAAAGAUCUGCCGCACUUCAAUGCCCCUGUGCAGCUGACGACCAUCUUGGGCACCUCACUGGCCACCAUCGCAUGUGGGGGCAACCAUUCUUUCCUCAUCUCCAAGUCCAGUGCAGUGUUCGGCUGGGGCAAGAACACUUGCGGCCAGCUGGGGCUCAAUGACGAGCAGAGUCGUGCGUAUCCCUCGCAACUGAAGACAAUGCGCACGCUGGGCGUGAGAUUCGUGCCCUGCGGUGACGAGUAUUCCGUGUUCCUCACCAACGAGGGAGGCGUCUUCACCUGCGGUGCUGGCAACUACGGCCAGCUGGGGCAUGGCGUCAGCUACAACGAGAUGAUACCCCGCAUGGUCAUGGAACUGAUGGGCAGCACCAUCACCCAGGUGGCCUGCGGCAAUCGGCACACGCUCGCGCUGGUUCGCUCCGGAGGUCGAGUGUAUAGCUUUGGUUUGGGCGCCUCCGGGCAGCUUGGAAUUCGAAACACUAUAAGUUAGACGUUGCCUAAGGUGGUCAUCGGUCCCUGGGUCUCGCCCAGUGGAUCGGCAUUGAUGGAAUCCAGCGAAUGAGCCGAUGAAUGACCACCGGGUCAUUCGGAAAAUCUUCUCCGGCGGAGAUCAGUCGAUUGUGACGACCACUCUCUACGUGGACAUGGUGCCGCCCGAUGAUGAGCGCAGCUACAACCUCAAGUCCUAGAUCCUCUCGGUGACGGCAGAGGCCACAUAGCAGUGCGCGCAUAUCAAGCAGAGCGACCUGGACCUUCUGCAGUCCAUGGAGGUGAUCUUCAAGAGUCAGGCGUGCCUGAACGGCUCGUUUCUGCUCUCGAACGACGAGCAUUUUGACUGCUCUGCAUGCAAUUAUGGACUGGAUCUGAAGGCCGCCGAGGUGGCAUUCGAUCAUCUACGAAGUGUGGAGAACGAGAGCAUAAAGCAGGUGGUGCGUACUUCUUCCAUGACAGCAUUAAAUCCCCGAUCACCAAUCCCUCCACCCCACCCAUCUUUGUCCCCUCUGUGAUCCGAUCCGAUCCAUACUGAAUCCGAGCAAGGUGCUACACAAAUGGCUGGCCCAAACGCCAGUAGAUUACUUCGAGCGCCUGGUUAACAUAUUUCUGCACGUGGUGAUUCACAUCAUCAGCUUCUAAAUGGGUUUGAUGGCCAUCAGUCCAACGUUGGAGAGUUCCCAAAGAGUGAGGCGUUGUUCUCGACCCGGGUGCCCCCUGGCGCCCUCUUUCGGCCUUGCGCCUUGCGGUGUUGCCGUAUCUUUUCGAUUACGCUCCACUCGAUAUGUCGCAGCAUGCGUAUUCUACUUCCGGAUCGCGAAUUCCUCAAUCGUCUGGAAACUUACUAUUUUCUCGCGAUGCCGGGUGUUUUCUUUGAUUUUCUUGUGCGCGUCUGGUUUUCCCUACUGCUCUUCGCUGGUGCGCAUGCCUUCCGCCGGCCCUCUGGAUGCUUCGG